AUGGCCUCCCUUCGUACCCCCGCUCGCCGUCUGUUAUCCACUGGAGUCUUCGAGACGCGAUCAUCGCUCUUGAUCCCACAGAAACGCUCCUUCGCCACCACAGUCGACAAUCCUCCGCCUCCCUCAACAACCGCCACAGAACCACGACAAGCGACAUCUUUCACAGACCGUCUUAACACUGGUCCUGCAUUCUCAGAUUUCGUCAGCGGUGGCGCACCCACAGAAAAGUCUCUAUGCCGCGAAGAGCUCUAUGAGCUGCGAACAGUCCAAGUAGGACCUGAGGGAAAGAAGAAGACACAUACCCGCCUGCCAGAAUGGCUCAAGACGCCCAUUCCCUCCAACGACAAUUUCAAACGGAUAAAGAAUGACCUGAGAGGCUUGAAUCUACAUACCGUCUGCGAAGAAGCACGAUGUCCGAACAUCAGCGAUUGCUGGGGUGGAAGCAACAAGAGCGCGGCAACGGCCACCAUCAUGUUGAUGGGAGACACAUGCACACGAGGCUGCAGAUUCUGCUCCGUCAAGACAUCCCGCGCACCGCCGCCUCUCGACCCGCACGAGCCAGAGAACACCGCAGAAGCAUUGAAGCGUUGGGGACUGGGCUAUGUCGUCCUCACCAGUGUCGACCGCGACGACCUCGCAGACGGCGGAGCAAAACACUUCGCCUCCACCAUCAUGAAAAUCAAACAAAAAGCCUCCCACAUCCUCGUCGAAGCGCUGACAGGAGACUACGCCGGCGACCUCGAAAUGGUAAAACUCGUAGCCCAGAGCGGUCUCGACGUCUACGCACACAACGUCGAAACAACCGAAGAGAUGACGCCCUUUGUCCGCGACCGGCGGGCGAAAUUCCGCCAAUCCCUCGACGUUCUCCGCGCCGCAAAAGAAGCAAACCCAAACCUCAUCACCAAAACUUCCAUCAUGCUCGGUCUGGGCGAAACCGAAGACCAACUCUUCCGCACCCUGCGCGAACUCCGCAACGUAAACGUCGACGUCGUGACCUUCGGACAAUACAUGCGUCCUACGAAACGACACAUGAAAGUCCACGAGUACGUCACCCCGGAUCAAUUCGAACUCUGGAGACAGAGAGCGUUGGAUCUGGGCUUUCUGUAUUGCGCCUCGGGCCCCUUGGUGCGCAGCAGUUAUAAAGCAGGCGAAGCUUUCAUCGAGAAUGUCUUGAAAAAGCGAGCGAGACAUAACACCCUUCUCAGCGCCGAGAGAGUGGGAGAUUUCAAGGAUAUGGAAAGUACAUGA